UUAACUGACUAACGGAGGGAUCUUUGUCUAACGGCCAAAGUUUAGUCCCUUACGUUUCUCAUUCCUCAGUCCCUCGUUUCUCCUUUCUUUCCCUAUUUUUUUUUUCCUUUUCAUCGUAUUCCAGGAGUAGAGGGCCUUCAAACAUUUGAAGACAACGAUGGUGCCGUAAUCUAGUUUGAGCAGCUUGAUUGAAGACCUUCUUUGCUCCCAAUCGAAUCGGCAUAGCAGUUACAGGCUCUACCGAAGGAGACGUCAACUAGUUUUGCAUUUUGCCUCAAGAGCAGCAAUGGCAAAUACCCAAGAUCGGAUGCUUUUCACAAAGGAACCUUAUAUUGAGGAUGUUGGGCCACGGAAGAUAAAAAGCAUUAGGUUCUCAAUGUUUUCGGGAGAUGAAAUAAGGAAAGCGGCUGAGGUUCAAGUGUGGCGUAGUGUAUACUAUGAUGUCAACAGAAAGCCUAUUGAUGAUGGAUUGCUGGAUUCUCGCAUGGGUCCUGCAAGCAAGAGUGGAAUAUGCACAACAUGUGAUGGGAGUUUUACAGAUUGUCCAGGUCAUUUUGGAUAUUUGAAUCUUGCCCUCCCUGUUUUUAAUGUUGGAUACUUCAGUACUAUUCUGGAUAUUCUGAAGUGUAUUUGCAAGUCUUGUGCUCGAAUACUUCUUGAGGAGGAAAAACGUAAAGACUAUUUGAAGAAGAUGCGAAGUUCCAAGGCAGAUGCACUGCAGAAGAAUAACUUAAUGAAGCAAAUAGUAAAAAAGUGUACAACCAUGCUGUCUAGCAAGAAAGCCUUAAAGUGCACUCGAUGUGGAUACAUAAAUGGUUUUGUUAAAAAAGGAGCCUCUAUUUCAGGCACUGGGUCUACAUUGGGUAUUGUUCAUGACCGUUCAAAAGUUAAUGACGAGAGUUUGGAGGAAUGUAGUUCUGCAAUUUCCCACAAAAAGGAGUCAAAGGCAUCUUUUCGUGUAGUUCACGUUCUUAACCCUGUUAGAAUUCUUGCACUUUUCAAAAGAAUGGUGGAUGAGGACUGUGAACUGCUUUAUCUAUAUGAUAGACCUGAGAAACUCAUUAUAACAGACAUUGCAGUACCACCUAUAGCCAUCCGUCCCUCUGUUUUUAUGGAUGCUGGAACAAUGAGCAAUGAAGAUGACAUUACUUCUAAGUUAAGUGCUAUUAUCAGGGCAAAUGCUCCUCUUCGACAGGACUUACAAGGAGCCAACCCGAAGUCAAAAUGCUUGCUGGACUGGGAUCAACUUCAGAUUGAGGUUGCACAAUAUAUAAAUAGUGAUGUACGUGGUAUUCCAACAAGCAUGCAGCCUUCCAAGCCAUUGCGUGGGUUUGUUCAGCGGCUGAAAGGGAAGCAGGGGCGCUUUCGUGGGAACUUAUCUGGGAAACGUGUUGAAUAUACUGGCAGAACAGUUAUCUCCCCCGACCCUAAUCUGAAAAUCACAGAGGUAGCAAUUCCCAUAUUAAUGGCUCAAAUCUUAACAUAUCCUGAACGUGUUUCCCAUCAUAAUAUAGAGAAAUUGAGGCAAUGUGUUCGCAAUGGGUCUCAGAAGUACCCUGGGGCAAAUUUUAUUAGAUACCCUGAUGGUAGCAUUAUGAACUUGAGGUUUUCCGCCAGAAAGCGUGCAGCUGAUGAGCUCAAGUAUGGUUACAUAGUUGAGCGCCAUUUGGAAGAUGGUGACAUUGUUCUUUUCAACCGACAACCUAGCUUGCACAGGAUGUCUAUCAUGUCCCACAGGGCAAGAAUAAUGCCUUGGAGAACAUUGAGAUUCAAUGAAUCUGUUUGCAAUCCAUAUAAUGCAGACUUUGAUGGUGAUGAAAUGAAUAUGCAUGUUCCUCAAACAGAAGAGGCUCGCACAGAGGCUCUUAUGCUGAUGGGGGUUCAAAACAACUUAUGCACACCAAAAAAUGGAGCCAUUUUGGUUGCUUCUACUCAAGACUUUCUGACAUCAGCCUUUCUGAUUACAAGGAAAGACACCUUUUAUGAUCGUGCUGCUUUUUCACUUAUGUGCUCUUAUAUGGGGGAUGGGAUGGAUCCUGUUGAUUUGCCCACACCAGCUUUAAUUAAGCCAAUAGAGCUUUGGACUGGAAAACAGUUAUUUAGUGUUUUGGUACGUCCACAUGCCCAUAUGAGGGUGUAUCUCAAUCUUACUGUGCUGGAGAAAAAUUGUGUAAAGCAAAAAGAAACAAUGUGUCCAAAUGAUGGAUUUGUCUAUUUCCGGAAUAGCGAACUUAUAUGCGGGCAACUUGGCAAGGCUACAUUAGGAAAUGGCAAUAAAGAUGGACUUUUCUCUGUUCUUCUUAGGGAUUAUAAUGCACAUGCUGCUGCUUCUUGUAUGAACCGUAUUGCAAAAUUAAGUGCUCGGUGGAUAGGGAAUCAUGGGUUCUCAAUUGGCAUUGAUGAUGUCCAACCAGGAGAACUUCUCAAAGAUAAGAAAAAAGAAACAAUUGAGGAUGGCUAUAAAGCUUGUGAUGAGUUAAUACAUUCUUACAACAAAGGCAAUCUUGAACUUGAACCUGGCUGUGAUGCUGCUCAAACAUUGGAAGCACAAAUAACUCGCAAAUUGAAUGAAAUUCGAGAAGAAACUGCAGCGGUUUGCAUGCAAGAGCUUCAUUGGAGGAAUAGCCCUUUGAUUAUGUCACAGUGUGGAUCGAAAGGUUCUCCUAUCAAUAUUAGUCAGAUGAUUGCAUGUGUCGGUCAGCAGUCAGUUGGGGGUCGCCGUGCUCCUAAUGGAUUUAUAGAUCGAAGUCUUCCUCACUUCCCUAGAAAAUCAAAAACACCUGCUGCUAAAGGCUUUGUUGCUAAUUCUUUCUACACUGGUUUGACAGCAACUGAGUUUUUCUUCCAUACAAUGGGAGGGCGUGAAGGUCUUGUAGAUACAGCGGUGAAAACAGCAGACACUGGCUAUAUGUCUCGUAGAUUGAUUAAAGCCUUGGAGGACCUAGCUGUUUAUUAUGAUGACACAGUAAGAAAUGCUAGUGGAGGGGUAGUACAAUUUCUUUAUGGAGAUGAUGGCUUGGAUCCAGCAAACAUGGAAGGAAAAAAGGGGAUUCCUCUAAAUUUGGAGCGAGUGUACUUGAAAACCAAGGCUACUUGCCCUAGUGGCACAAAUGCUAGCUUGUGUCCUUCAGAAAUCGUAAAAAUUCUUGAUGAUAGGAUCUCGAGAUAUGAUAUGACCCCUGAUGGGGGUUGCUCAAGUGCCUUCAAGAAACUACUAGUGGAUUUCAUUCAAAAUCGCAUUAGUAUUUUGAGGAACACAAGGAAAGCACUUGGACUUGAUGAAGAGUAUGCCAAGAAGGAUAAUUCUGACAUUCUAGAACAUAUUGCUGCAAAUAUAUCUGGCAUUACCACCCAACAGCUAAAGGUUUUCUUAGAGACAUGCAUUUCACGUUACCAUUUAAAAAGAAUUGAAGCUGGAGCUGCAAUUGGAGCAAUUGGAGCUCAAAGUAUAGGAGAACCUGGGACACAAAUGACAUUAAAGACUUUCCACUUUGCUGGAGUUGCUAGCAUGAAUGUCACACUUGGGGUUCCUCGCAUCAAGGAAAUAAUAAAUGGAGCCAAAAAUAUCAGUACACCCAUUAUCACUGCCACACUUGAGUGUGAUGACAAUGUGAAAUCUGCGAGAAUAGUAAAAGGCUGUAUUGAGAAGACGGUAUUGGGGGAGGUUGCCAAAAGUAUAAAGAUUGUGAUGACACAAAGACAAGCAUCAAUAGUGAUCAGUUUGGAUAUGGCUAGGAUUGAAGCUGCACAAUUAAAGAUUUCUGCUGAUAGCGUAAAAGAAUCAAUUCUAAAGCAUCUGAAUCCAAAAUUCAAACCAAAGAUUGUGGUUGACAAGGGGUACAAGUUAAUAGUUAUACCUACAGAAAGUGAUAGAAGCAAGUUACACUUUGAACUGCACAAUCUUAAAGCUGUGCUCCCACAGGUCAUUGUAAAGGGCAUAUCUACUGUCCAACGUGCAGUGAUUAACAAAAGCAAAGAUGGAAAGUACAACUUACUUGUAGAAGGUACAAAUCUUCUGGGAGUCAUGGGAACUCCAGGAGUAGAUGGGUGUAAAACGACGAGUAAUCAUAUCAUAGAAGUUCAAGGUACACUUGGUAUUGAAGCUGCUAGAAGAUGCAUCAUAGAUGAAAUACAGUACACCAUGGGAAAGCAUGGAAUGGACAUAGACAUACGCCAUAUGAUGCUCUUAGCAGAUUUAAUGACAUACAAGGGUGAAGUGCUAGGAAUCACGAGAACUGGCAUCCAAAAGAUGAAAGAAAGUGUGUUGAUGUUAGCAUCAUUUGAGAAAACAGCAGAUCAUCUUUUCAAUGCUUCAGUAAAUGGGAGGGAUGACAAGAUUGAGGGAGUAAGUGAAUGCAUCAUCCUGGGCAUUCCAAUGCAGAUAGGCACAGGAAUACUUAAAGUUAUUCAAAGAUACCCUCAAGUUCCACAAUUGAGUUAUAAGCCAGAUCCAAUUAUUUCUUGAGAAAAAUUGUUGGCAUUAUCAAUGCUUUAAAGCUAGAAUUUGGGAACGAGUCUAGUCUCUUGUGACCAUAUGUCAAGCAGAGCAAGAGCACAGAGCUGAACUGAGUUCAAACUAGAUUUGUAUCCUAUUGUCACAGGAGAUGAUCGCAUAUGAGAAAAAGCGGAGAAAAGAAAAAAUAUGUUUUUGGUGCUUAUCAAAAGAAAAAGGAAAGCAUUUUUGGGGGUUCCCACCGUCUGAAACACAAUCCAAAAAUCAGAACCCCCUCCCAGAAGAGAGAGAAAGAGGAGGGGGAGGGGGGGAAUAGGAUGAAGCAACUUCGUAGCCAAACAAAAAAUGAAGGGAAUGUAUAGUUAAUCCAUGAUUCAUCUUAGGGAAGCAUGUACUGAAUGAUACUGAACAGUUAAGCAACUAUAGCCAAACAAAAAAGUUUUUUUUUUCUCCAGCAGGUUGCAGUUUGGUCAAUGUGAGAAUGUUAAUAGACUGAUUAUUCUCAAGCAUUUUGGAACUGUUGCAUGUUUUCACGUAUA